GUUGUCUGCUGCUAGGUCGGCGCCCGUUUUACAUUUCCUCACUAGAUGGUGUGCAAGCCACUGGAGAGUACACUUCAGCGCGUAGUACAGCUCUGAGAAAACAAACCUUGGAAACUACACACCGCAUCAUUUCUUGUGGUUUUAAGGAAGAGAGGGGUCGGGAUUAACGUUUCAGCUCACAUUUUUCAAGCGCACAACGAGGACAAUAUUAAUCGAGCUGUGAUGGACAUAAUGAACGCGGUGCAGGAUGCGUGUGUCUCCGGUCAGUGGCUCACCGCUAUCAUUCUUAGCCUUUGCUGCGUUCUUCCCUCCUGUAUGCCUGCUGGACAAACUGUGGACUAUUCCUCAAUUACAAGUGCUGUCUUCAAACAAGGAGACACGGCAAUAUUGAGAUGCUACCUGUUGGAUGGAAAAUCGAAAGGAGCAUGGUUGAACCGCUCUAGUAUCAUAUACGCAGGGACUGACAAAUGGUCAGGAGAUCCUCGCGUGUCCAUUGUAACAAGUGUUGGGGACAAACAUGAAUAUAGCCUUCAGAUACAAAAAGUGGAUGUAACGGACGACGGCCUGUAUACCUGCUCGAUCCAGAGUAAGCGCAACAUACAGCCCAAGCACAUUCAGUUAACUGUAAGAGUUCCUCCCAAGAUAUAUGACAUCUCAUCUGAUAUGACGGUAAAUGAAGGCAGCAAUAUUUCGCUCCUCUGCAUUGCCUCUGGCAAGCCAGAGCCGACGAUCUCCUGGAGACACAUCACGCCAUUAGCCAAGAAGCAGGAGAGCGGGGAGUAUUUGAACAUCACAGGAAUAACUCGAGAUCAAGCGGGAGACUAUGAGUGUGGCGCGGGGAACGACGUCUCCUCACCGGACACCAAGACCGUGAGAGUCACCGUCAACUUUCCCCCCAACAUCCAUGAGAUGAAGGGUAACAGCGGGGGUCUGCGUCGUCCUGCCCUGCUGCGCUGUGAGGCGGCCGCUGUCCCCACUGCAGACUUUGAGUGGUACAAGGGAGAGAAGAGGCUGUACAGAGGCCAGGGGAUUGAAAUCAAGAACCUCAGCACCAGAUCUAUACUCACAGUUACCAAUAUGACAGAGGAUCGCUAUGGUAACUACACAUGUGUGGCCAUCAACAGGCUGGGAACAGCCAAUGCCAGCGUGCCUCUGCUCCCAAUUAUUGAACCAACCACACUUAUUGAACCCACCACCACUGGUGCUGUGUCAAGCCCAGCGCCCAACACGGCACCAUAUGGGAGCACGGGGAGCGCCGGCGUCCUGCUGUCCUGCCGAUACCUGAUCCUGGUGCUGUCCUGCGUCGUCACUGUUUACUAGUCCACAGACGGCAGCGCCGCACCGCACCGCGUCGCUUUGCGCCGGCCACACACAAAAUGACUGUAAAGGAAAUGCCCUCCAGCGAUUUCACCAAUCUGUGCUGAUUGCCGGGCCUAAUCUGGUAGUUUGUUCAAAAGCAGUGUGGGAUAUAAUCAGCGUUACUUGUUUUGGGGAUGGUCAUUUUUUGCUUUUGUUUUUGUUUCUUUUGUUUGUUUGUUUGUCUGUUUGUUUUCUGUUUUUGAUUUAGAUUUUCAGUUUUCUUCCUCUGGAAUUAUAUCCAUUGUAAAUAGUUACAAAAUUGUUUUUGGGGUUUUUUUUUCACAUAUUUUUCUGAUUACCCACUUUGUGAAUCAGUUCACAUUGUCACCCCCUCAAAGCAACAAUCCUAGCCAUACUUUUCCACCGAUGGAGGAAUGGCUGCUAAUUGGCUCCGUGUUUGUGUAAGAGACUGGGAAGAGUGCGCCAGAGCAUCGUUUGCAUACUAAUGUCAACACUGUCACCUAGGUCCUCGUAUUCAUUUAAACCAAACCAUUAAGCAGCCACUGACCUUCACCUCCGAAGCCUCUGACCCCAGAAUAACACCUUACAUCCUGCUUGAUCUGGGAGAGGCCUCCCGUUUCCUUUCUUUUCUUUUCCCACUCACGUUUGAGUUUAGUCAAAUGGCAUUGUGGGUAAUUUUGUUAUUCUGAAUCUUCUGACACAAUAUCCCAGGUCGAUUGCGGUUUGGGUAGUAUUGUGUCUGAAGAUGUGUGUGAAAAUGAAUGAAUGAAAAUGAAUGAGAGGUAGAAGCAAACAGAUGAUUAGACGUGUGAGAGUGUUAUUGCUGAGAGUGGGACCAUACAGGUAUGAACACUUAAUGAGUCUCUAAUGGAUUCUUAGAACAUUGCAGCAUCAGCAAAAUGCUCCUUUCUGAAAGCUUGAGGAAGCAGGACAAAAACAGAGGCAGAAGUCACACUAAACAGGCUGAAUGCACCACUGGCUAUCUGUUUAAGCGCCAAUCCCUACGAUCCAGAGUAUUACUUUUUUAUUUCCUUUUUAUCCAUCCAGAAUUUAAUUAUGAACUCAGAAUGAGAGAGAGAGAGAGAGAGACAAAGAGUCUGCCAGCAGCAAAAUCCUAUCCGUGCCAAAAAAAGUUAAAGCCAGUGUGGAGAUAUUGUCGUUUAACUCCGAAAACAGAUUGCUGUGUCACUCUCUUUCCUCCUGCUCCAUUCAUAAAGGACAAACAGAAUCAGUGUUUAAACCAUUACCUGAGUGGAAAAGAAUAGGAUCA